AGUAAGAAAAGACCAAAAGCAAAUUCAGCGGAGGGAGGAGAGGGCGUAGACUGGUUUCUGCUUCCUGCUUUAAGACUUUGCGUUUAGCGAGAGAGAGAGGAGAGAGAGUGGGAGGGGGAGAAGCAAUGGCGGCAUUUGCAGCGGCAGCAGGAGCAGGCAUAUUAACUACUCCACGUUUUCUUCCCACUUCUUCUCAACGGGGUUCCUUCGUCCUCCCUCAACGCCAUUUUCCAAUCUCCACUCCUCAGCUUUCAGACUUACGGAGGUCUUAUUCACUACUAGUGAGAGCCUCAUCUUCUGAAGAGACAUCUAGUUCUGUUCAAGUGGAAGAGGUUUUUUCUGAUUUGAAAGAGAAGUGGGAUGCAGUUGAAAACAAGUCUACGGUUAUUCUCUAUGGGGGUGGCGCGCUGGUGGCUCUUUGGCUGUCUACUGUAGUCAUUGGUGCAGUCAAUUCAGUUCCCUUGCUCCCUAAGAUUAUGGAGUUAGUUGGGCUUGGCUAUACCGGAUGGUUUGUAUACCGUUACCUCCUGUUUAAGUCAAGCAGGAAGGAACUAGCCUCAGACAUUGAAGCACUCAAAAAGAAGAUUGCUGGAACAGCGGAAUGAGGUAACCCAUUGCAGUAUCUUUGGUUGAAAGUACUAGCAAGUUUGGGGAGCUCAUUUGAGUCCGCGAUUCUUGUGUUGGAGCAUUGUAUUACUGUGAUGUGAACUGGAUGGAUCUGUUGUAUGUAAAUUUUGCAGCAUGCUUUCUUCCCUUAUGAUGGAAUUGGAUUUGUUUGUGAUGCUCAUACUUUAGAGGCUACAAGUAGCGCACGCACUGAAGUUGGACUAUUCCUUUCUCAUGGAGAGAGUAGGGGCGCAUAAGCUCAUAUUGGGGAUGGAGCUCAAUUAUUCUUUAUUGAGCACUGGAGGAAGUUUAUUUUCCAUGAAAAAGAAGUGCAUGGGUGGUUGUUAUGUGCAAAAAUGAUUGCUGCUGUCGUAGACAAAACCUCUGAAAAGUGCUUUUUUUUGUUUUUCACAAAGUAAACCUGUGAUAGAUGUCAAGAACUCAUUAUUUUCCCUUAAUAUUAUGCAGUUCACCAAAAUAUAAAACA